AUGCAAUCACUGUCGGAGGCGGUAUGCGAUCUUCGUACCCUGCUUGUUGAGCCCAGUGCUGAUCGAUUAGGAAACGGCGCUGCAAUGGGGUGGUUCCCUCGUGUAGUCUCUGUGAAGACUCAGGCGUCGAAUGCGUGUAUAACGAAGCAGAAAGCUCAAGGUGAGGAAUGGAUCUUGGAAGUAAACUCAAUACUCACGGGUUCACGCAGACCGCGAGGAGAGACUUCUUCGUCUGAGUUCUUUCGACGUCUCGAUGCAGUGGAGAGCUUUCUCUGGAACAAUCCCAGACUCCCCCCAACACCUCAAACAGGCGAAACCAGAAAUGGAUUUGCUUUCCCGGUCGCGCCCUCAGAGGACGAGACGACCUUUCAAUCUUCCAUGUUGAUCUCUUCCCCGUCACGAGCACCCCCGGCGGAUGUUUCCCGACUCAUCAGUGCUAACUCACCCUUCAUGCCACCAGAGCAUGACAUCCCCCCAAUGAGUAUUCCAAUUGGACACACGACCACAACGGAAUACAUGCUCCAUAUGAACAAAGUGAAGACGCUCUUCGGCGAGUUUCCACCGGAUCUAUUCAUCCGCGCCGAAUCUAAACGGCAUAUGCCGGACAAACUAUCGCUUGUCCCGGGAUCGAUUAGCGCCGAUCGAUUGCCUGUUCUGAAUCACGCACACAGCUAUCCUCUCGUGGAGGCAUACUUCAGAUAUGUCCAUAUCGAAAUGCCAAUCCUAGACAAAGACCAGUUCCUAACCCUCUAUGAUCGCCACGUCAGGUCGGGGUUGAAGGUUGAUUGUGACUCGGCAUUAUGCCUCGCGGUGCUUGCAUUGGGCUCUGCCAGCCUUGAGCAGGUUGAUCCGACAAACUCUAGUUCUCCAUACUGGGUACCUGGGGAAGACUACAUUUCACCCGCACUGCAGAUCUUGAUGAACGAAUAUCUGCUGUCAUUUUGCCCAACGAUAACCCUGCCUCAAAGCCUGAUCCUGAUCUCGAAAUAUUUUGGGUUCCUGCUGCGGCCCUUGCAAUCUUGGAAACUGAUCCACAUGGCUUCGACUAGCAUCCAGUACUUGAACAGCCGAAGUCAAGCUUCGCCGGAUAACCAUGAGUUGAAGUCCAGUAUCAUUCUACUGUCUUGGGCAGCGUUCGAUACCGAGUGUGACCUCAUUGCUGAGCACCACCUGCCGCGAAGUGGAAUUGAGCAUGUGAUUGAUCUGACCCCUUUUCCAACAUUCACAGACCACCAGGCCCAAGAGACGAAUCUCUUCCUUGCAGAACUUUCCGUCCGCCGCCUCCUCAAUCGUGUGCAUCACACAAUGUAUGCCAGUGACUGGACAAGGCGCAGCCUCGGUCUGCAGCCUGCCUCAAGUGAUAGUCCCUCUUAUGACUUUCAAUCACUGUCGAAUAUUCUCAGUGUAUCUCAGGAGCUUGACCGACAACUCAAUAACUGGUUCGACUUAUUGCCGCAGACAAUCAAGCCCGACAUGAAUGAUCCAUCUCGAUUCACUGGUCUACGCGUCAAUAUGCUACAUCGGUUUCACUCUGCCAAGGACAUCAUUACGAGGCCAUUCCUUCUCUGUGCCCUUGACUUAUCACCGGAAACAGAACUCCCGCCUAUGAUUCUUCAACAAUGCGAGGCAAGCAUAGUAAAUUGCAGGGCUUAUUUGGAGGCUUCGGUGCGCAGAUUGAUGUGUCCGACAUUUUGUGCAGAAAUCAUCAUUCAUACGAUGUUUUCUUCGAUCAUACUACUCACCUUGAGCUCUGUUAGCCCUGGCCUGGCACAUCUCGCUCAAGACAUUGAUGAUUUACAGAAGAAGACGAUCAAUACCAUUGAGCGAUUUGCGGUUGUCGGAUCCUCGAUAGAAGAGAUACAUGGCAUUAUUCUGCUACUACACAGCAAGACUCGAAUACUGCAACGGGCUAUGAAACACUCGUGA